AUGGGAUUCACUACAAAUAGGCUCAAUGUGACUCCUGCAAUCACUCCAGAAGUGCACAUCAAGCACACUAAAUACAUCGAUGCAAGAAGGUACCUCAAUACAGAGGCAGACAUCAAUCUGGAGGGUGGGGAAACCAAGGGUAUAGAGGAUGAAGAUGCAACAUUAUCGUACCCUCUGCAAGACAAAGCAGCAUGGGACAUCCUAGAGGAGUACCUCACCUCAGAGAUGAACUUUCCUCAAAUGGAAGCCAAACUUGUCUCACACCUGGGCUCUCAAUAUCAUGAAGAGGACUGGACAGAAGCAAUGUGUGCAUUAUUCUCAGCCAAUGAAGACAAUGUCCAGGCUUUGGCAAAUCUUUGCACCAUCAAAGCUCAGCAUAUCUUGCCAGGGAAAGUUGUGGCCCCCUCGAGGGGGUCAAUCCAUCAAUCUGCAUAUGCUUGUGAGAUUGCACGCCAGACUAUCAAGCAGUUCAUUCAAGAUGAAAUCAGCUCUAGCAAUGCAUACCACCUUCUGGAGGUGGAAUUCACAGAUAACCCAACAUCAUUGGCGUACUGGGAGUCAGUAUUGGAUGUGAUCGUGGAUGCUGUUACAUGUGAGGCAAGACUCAAAAUAUUUGACACACGAGCAUUCCAUGUAGUUGAAAGUAUUUCAAGUGCAGUGUCUGCAGCAGUCUCAGACCAAUCUUCUAGAGGAAUAGGAGUAUUUGAAAAGCCAGUGUCAAGUGCACAUGAUGAUGGGAUGGCAUCAGCACGUGACCUUCCAACCUGGCUUAUCACCAUGCCUUCCAUGCAGUUGAGAAGCAAGGGUUUCAAGAUCCAUAGCAAAUGCAACUUGACAAUCCCUGGCUGGUAUCAACCCAUAUGUGGUCAAUAUCAGCAUGACAUAGGAUACACACAUUCAUAUGAUCCACAAACUGAUACCAUCAUGCUGUUGGUCACAUCCAGGGAGGUACCAGGGUGGGAAGUCAGGAAAGACUCCCAUGUGCUGCACCUAUAUAAUCCUCCCAACAACAUCUUAAGCUCUGUGGGUCGCAACAAGACUUACCUCCAUGGCCUUCUGGCACUCAAACUGCACAGAAAUGCAGUUUUUGAGAUUCCAAUUCCUGCUCCAGAGAGCAUUAUGCUUCACCAGGAGUCAAGAUGUAAUCCUGCAUUCAUGCAAUCUACAUUGCAUGCAUAUGCCGCACAACAUUGGAUGGAAGGUGAUUUAGUAAUAGUUAUGUCAGCAUCAGCAUACAUGGAAGAAUCUGUGCACAUUAAGAAAAUCUCACAUGAACCAAUUAUGUUUGCCAUCUCCAAUCUUGAAAGGAAAUUCUGUGUGGGGGGUGGUGUUCAUGUGCUUGACAGCAGUUCAGUGACUUCACAACUCAAAGGAAAAACUGGAAUGGUUGUUCAAGUCAACGAGACUAUGGUUGAUUUCACCAUUGCAAUUGAUUUGUUGGGGACAUUUGUUAGGGACAUUAGCAGAUGGGUUUUCAUAAAUGUAUCACACAACCAUGACACCCUGAUGAAAGCUGGCGAUAUCAUUCAAGUCAUUAGAAGUGACCCACUCUGUGCAUCGGGGAUGGUACUGCAUGUGAAUCUGGAUGACAAAACAUUAACAUUCAAAGACAGGAGAUUAAAAGAGCUGGAAGGGUGUUCUGCUCACUGGUGUUUACUUGCCUCUGUGUCAGCUAAGGGAAUUUCUCAGACCAUUUCUGCUGUAGAAGUAUCAGUAUGGGAUGCCCCCAUCAACUUGUUAGUGAUAGAUCAGUAUCCAUCAUCUGCAGGCUUCCAUAAUGAUCAAUCUGAUGCUUGGUCAUUUAACAAGGCUGACAGGGAAGAAUGCCAAUUGCAUCCUCCCAGUGCAACAAACCCAUCAUCUGAUUGGGGAUCUUACCUUAACCAGAUCGUUGACACUGUUGCCCUGGACCCAUUUCUCCUCCAGGAAGGACCAGUGAAAGAUAGUGAAAUCUUCAUCAGGUAUUCCUCCAGAACAAAAAAUAAGGGGAUGAAGGAGGAUCCAAUUCCCAUCAAAUAUCUUUUACCAGAACUACCAACAGGAAAAAACAAGAAGUUCACUGUGAUACGAGGCGACCUCAUGGGGAGCAUUCAUACAAUGAUGUCUGCCAGGAAGGACCAGGAAGAUAUAACCACAAUGGAAGGGAAGAAAUUUAAUUGCGCUGAUACAUGUAUGAUUAUCAACAAAAGUUAG